AUGCUAUUGUUUCUUUAUUGGGUCUUCUCUUGUGUCAUGGAAGGCAAAGAGAAAACAAUUAUCUAUAGGUCCUCCUCUGAGGCUGAGUAUAUGUCAUUAGGAUCAACAACAUGUGAACUGAUUUGGCUCUUGUAUAUACUGCAAGACUUGAACAUUAUAUGCUGCAAACCACGUGUCCUAUAUUGUGAUAAUCAAAGUGUCUUGCAUAUAGCUUCUAAUCCUGUUUUUCACGAAAAGAUAAAGCAUCUUGAGAUUGAUUGUCACCUUGUGAGAGUGAAAGUUCAGCAAGGUGUUAUGAAGCUGCUGCCCAUAUCUUCUCAAGAACAAUUGGCAGAUGUUAUCACAAAGCCUUUAAAUCCAAACAAAUUCAAUAACUUCAUUUCCAAGCUUGGCAUGAUAAAUAUUUAUCAUGCUUAA